UCAGGGUAGACAAGUCCGCCUUGAACCAGAUACCUGAACACAGGCUGAAGUGACCACACGCACUCGGGCAGACCCUCUGUCAGCGGGUUUCCCCUCCUGGGAGUCCAGGAAGGGGAGCUUCAGAGAACUUCAGGCCUUUGCUCAGUUCUCAGCAACACGGGGAAAAUGUUUUUCAGACUCCAAAGACUCACUCCAGGCUACAUCAGAUUACUGCAGACCCAAGCCUACCAUAAUGUGUGUGUGGUGCGUCCGCCUGAGAAGACCAUGCCUGGCAUGGCUAUGCUCUUAGGAGCCGUGGGGAUUGGGAUGUGCGGCUACAGCUGCAGGCAGUUGGCUCUCUACCACAGGCCUUCCAGCCGUGUGCUACAGUGGGUUGGCUCGCACACUGACGCCACCAUGGCGGGCACUGCUGCCCAAAGGACCCCCUUCCUGGAGGCCACCCACAGGGCUGGAGCCUGCCAGGAGAUCUCACCACCCUCCUUUGUUGGCCAGAAGUUUGUUUAAAAUACGAUUCUUGGUCGGGUAUAGAUUGGUCACUACAGGUUGAUUCUCGGUAACCACACUCUUGCAUGUUGAAGAUUGUAGCUAUGCUGGCCCAUUGUGUAAAUGAGGCCCAUGUGCUCUCUGAUGACAUGUGAGUGUGGGUAUCUGAAUGAGUCAACCUGUGUGUUGACAGGAAGUUGGAUGUGAUGUUAGUUUUGUGGAAUCGUGUAGCUUAUGCAAUAUGAGAAAAUAAUGUCUUAAUCUCUAACGGUAGUGUAUCAUUUCCUGUGCAGGCCCAAUGAUUGCGCAAUGUAGUUUGAUUACGUUUAACGUAGAGACAUUGUGUGUUUUUUGGAUGAUGCAAAAAUGGACUAAAGCUUGGCAGUAGUCCUUCAUACACAGAUGGUUUGCAUAAAUCUCUCAGUGACCUCACCUCCCCAAGAACAAGCAACCCAUCCCAUCCCAUGCUGAAGACCUCUGAAGAGAGCAGGUACCAUCAAUGAGCAAAGCCUCUCAAUUGAUCUGGCUAAAACUCUCAAUUAAGGAUAAUGUGGAGGUUGGAAGUCUUCUUUGUAACCCAAUUAGCAACCCAUUGUUAGAGUCUUGAUCAGGAUGAUGGUAAUGAACAGCAGGAAGCGGCAACGUACUUUUGUUUGUACCGAAUUACGUGAUAGUGACAUUCAAUGUAGAGAGCAGAUUCUAAACCUGCAUUCUCUACCGGGAUUAAACCAGGUGGCAAAACACAACACCUUUAAUCUGGUUUAGAGCGUGUCUGUCACUCUUAAGAGAGACAGUCCCUGUGCAUCCAAACAUUGUACCUUUCUCCCUGCAAUGUCCACCAUUUGUCUCACUGCCAUGCAUGGAUUUGGAUGAUGUUGCAUUGGUGUUUCCGUUUGUGUUCACACCAAAAAAUAAAUGAAGUAGCUCAAAAGAGGGGGCGUGCAAUUUGGCGAGGCAUUGAGUGUGGUUGAGAAUGCGUGCUGUGCCUUAGGGAGAGCACAGGGUCUGUCAGACUGAUUCAAAAUGAACAGUUUUACGUAGGCAGGACCACAGACUGCAGCGAUGUGCUUCUUCAGUGCUACACAACGAGGCUUUCCUGGCCUACUAAACUGGACUCAUAACUAGUUGUGACAGGUUGGGAGUUUUUGGAGGGACAAUAACUCGGACACGAAGACCAUAAUCCGAUCAGCACUGGUCGUUGAAAAAUUUGAAAGAGACUACCACCAGUAAACAAAUUUACAAUUGUUGGUCUCCCAGCAACAGGUUCAUCAUAGGGGAAACUGGGCAUGCAUGUAUGUCCUUGCAUUCUAGUCUGGCUGGUUUUGUCGAACGGACACAUUAGCCAACACUCUCCCAGAGGACUGUAGUCUAUAUGGGAUGGGUUGUAAGUUGCGUAAUGGAUCUGGCUGAUUCUGCCCAAUUUAAUUUUUUGUUGGCACUGCAGUGUUUCAUAGUCAGCGUGGAGCUCUGAAUGAAUCUAUUGAUCUCAAUCAUUACAGUUGGGGAGGAGAGACCUUGGGCUGUGCCUCUGCAGCAAACUGCUUCACUCACUACUCGUCUGUUUAUGAGCGAUUACUGUCAAAGAUGUGCACAGAAAAAAUGGAAUACCUAGAAAAUAGACAAUUUAGAGAGUAUUCUCUUCCAGGUUUUCACUAUUUCAAUAUGUAGGUGUCCCUGAAUUGCUAGUAUGUAUAAAGUCUACACAAAGAUGACUUCAGAUGUGCCCAGAUGUGAUGUCAGAAAUUGUGAAGUAAAAAGUAUCCUGCAAACUUCCUGCUCUGCUGUUUCCUGUCAUUCACAUGUUUUAAUAUCUCAAAGUAUGCUUUAGUGUCACUUAUGCCGUACGUACGGAUGAUUGAAAUUGCCUUCCUCUAAGGCCCACGGUGCAGCAAGGUAACACCGUUUUUCCAAAAAGUAAAAUGUAAACAUUUUAACUUUAACAAAAAAAAUCAAGACAAUAAAUAUCUGUCCAUCCAUCUAUUUUCUAUGCCGCUUGGCGUCUUUUGGGUUAUGGUUGCGCUAGAGCUUAUCUCAGCUGACUUCGCGCAAACGACGGGGUACACCCUGGACUCUUUGGGACAACAGAUACAAAUAUAUAUAUAUAUGUAUAUACAGUAUAUACACAAAUAGGUUUGAUUCCCCAGGGACACCUUCCUGGUGAGUUGUUUAGGGAAUGUCACGCGGAAGAAGACUUCAGGGCAGAUCUGGAGGCAUUAUGUUUCACAGCUAGCCUGGGGACGCCUUGGUGUCCUCUCGGUGGAACUGGAAAAGGUGGAAAAGGCAAGCAAAACAUUAUUUGUAUCAACACACUUAUUUGCGAACAAUUGAACUUUUAUUACAGACAACUUCUUAAUCGUGCUAAAUAAGUAAACAAAAGCAAGUAAGCGAGAACUACCAUUGGCUCUCGUUCAAAUCCAUUGGUGUUUUGUCCUCGAAGCCGUGUGUAUAAGUACUUGUUCCCUGAGUUUGUAAACAAAAUAAUAUUUAAAUAUAUAAACUCUAUUGGAACAACACAACAAAAAAAACAUCUUAACCCAACCGGUCGAAACAGAUGGCCGCCCCCAGAGACAGGGUUCUGUUCAAGGUUUCUUCCCCAGAGGGAGUUUUUCCUUGCCUCCAUCGCCAAGUGAUUGCUCGUGUUUCACUUGGUUCUCUAUUUUAAUUUAUGAAUGUGACCUCCAUGUGUAAAGUGCCAUGAGAUAACUGCUGUUGUGAUCUGGCGCUUUAUAAACGAAUUGAAUUGAAAAACACAUGUUUGUGAAAUUAAACAUAGAAGACAACUUAAAAAUACUAAUCUCAUUGAUCCUAUCGAUCUGAUACCAAUACUGUACCCAGGUAUCGAUAACAGCGCUGUUUGGAUACUACUGAAAUUGAAUUAUCAAGUAAAGAGCUUUGGAAUAUCAUGUGUGUAAUGGAUGACUUCAUAAUGGGAACAGUGUGUCAUUAGCAACAGUGUGCGAACAUGUUUUCCUCUUUUAAACCGCAUUUGAACAUCACAGUGACGUCAACCAACGUCUCAGUAAACAUGAGUCAAGAAGCAACGGGUUUCUUUAUUCUUGGGGUGUCAAACUCGUGCCAUAGAGGGUUGAGGCACUGCAGGUUUUCUUUCCAGCCGGUCACUAAAGCAGGUGAUUUUAAUGAUCAGCACCUCCUUCAAUUUUAGAGAAGGCGCUCAACAAUUAAAUCACCUGCUGGAAAAACUGGUUGGAGAGAAAACCUGCAGUGUCUCCACUCAACAUUGACACAUGUGCUUAUUCACCCUCAAGCAGCUCACCCUCGCCCUCUAGUGGCCACUUUUAGCGGUUAUCCUUGCAGGCGGGCACUUAUUGGUUUUGCCUUGUUUUAGCUCGUCGCUUCACUGUCGGGGUUACAGUGGGUGUUUGCGUUAAGAUUUGGAUUGUUUCAAAAAACGUAACGGAAUUAAAAGUGUUUUUAAAGUCGACGUAGUGACUUGGAGAGGACUGAGCGAGGCAUUUACCCCAGGAGGAAGCAAAGUGUUGUGAAGAGUUAACCAAAGUACAACAGACGGAUUUUUUGGAUUAGUUAUCCACUUUCGAGGGUCACCCCCACUGCCACUUUGAUCUGGGCUGAGCAGGGGAGCAGCAAGCACCAGCAGGGCCCGUCAGUGGCCAAAUUUACUGCAGGAUGGGGAACUUUUCGAGCAAGGACAGCCAUGGGCUCACAGGUAACCACUUGGAGAAUUUCCACACUCCUCCUGCCUCCCCACAAAGUGACACACCUGGAUUUGUACCUGGUGUCCCUCAGCUCCUACCUCCCUCAUCAGCUAAAUCUCCCAUUUCAGUUUCAUCUUCACCUCCGGUAUCAGUGUUUACAUCGUCCAGCGUGAAGAGAUCACAGCCAAGUUCUGCCAUUUCUGCACCUGAGUGGAGGCCUCCUCCUUCACGAACCAACUCAAACAGUUCCUCAACUGCUUCAGCAGUCAGUCCAGUGGCCACCAAGGCAGACAGUACGGUAGCAAUGAUAGGACACGUUACUGUGGCAAGGAAUGGGGCUCCUUCUUCUUCUACCCCUCGGUCGGUACCUGUCAACCCAGCAAAUAGUCCAUCUACUCCGUGUAGCUCCUCACCGGUUGUGUGCAGCUCUUCUGGGCCAAAAUGGAGAGAGAGAGACAGCGGCCUGAGUCAGUCUCUGCAUCAGGGUCCAGAGUCUGGAGACAUCCAGGCAAAGGAACUGCAGACACUGCUCGAGGAAUGCCGGACAACUUUGGGGAUCUCCGUCAGUCGGGAUGGGCCCACAAACAUCACAGACAUGCUGAAAUGCCUCCAGGUUGAAGUGAAGAAUUUGAAGAGUACAAUGCAGGUGAGAUGUGCAUGGAGAAUGGCCCAAACUACAGAGCGUACAGAAUGGCUGCAAUUCCAGGCCGACCUUCAGGUAGCCGUGUCAGUAGCCGAUCGUCUCAGGGCCGAGACUGAAGAGGAGCUGACGGCGCUGCGGACAGCUCAUAAAGAUAUGGCGAGGGAACUAGCUGCUGCCCAGCACAGACAGAAGGAGGCUGACAUGCAGCUUCUCACUUUGAGAGGGGAGUUGGAGGAGAGCAGGAAGAGGCUGGCUACUCUAAGUCAGACUGGAGACAAAAUAAAUGUCCAAGAAGGAGAGAAGACCGAACCUCUGAAGAACUGUGAUAUCAGCGAGGGGAGCCAGAGAGAUGGGGAGAGGGUGGUGCACCAGCUGGCGGGCAGCCCGAACGAUGCCAUGAAGAAUGUUGCCAGAGAAGAGUGUGUAGCUGUCACUAAAAGAUACCUGAGAAAUGUGACCAAUGAGGAAAGGAGGGUGGAGGAGGUGCGAUUCGGUGAGACACGAAGAACAGCAACUGCUGAGAGGUCAAGAAGUCUAUCAAGAUUACCAGCUUCCUCAGAUUCUGUCAAAUUACAAAAUGGAACUUCUCAGCCUACCACUGGCACAGCUGAACCUGCAAACAAGAAUUUGGGGCACCUUAGGGGACGUAGAAGUUUGGACCGACAAGACGGCAGGUCCAACAAAGAUACAGGAAAACAAGAGGAGUUUUUAAACAAGUACAACUCAACCCUCAUGGAGCUUCCACCAACCAGGUCUCAGGAUGGUUUCAAUCUGCUCCUGCGUCGCCAUGGAGGCUCGAAGAGGAACUCGCUGCUACGUUGGUGUCAGAGCCAAACACAAGGCUACAAAAAUAUUGACAUCACCAAUUUUAGCAGCAGCUGGGUAGAUGGCCUUGCAUUUUGUGCUGUUUAUCACACCUACCUACCUUCACACAUCCCAUACAGCAGUCUCAGUCCAGAGAACAAGAGGGAGAAUCUCAACCUAGCAUUCAAAACAGGCGAGACUGUUGGGAUUACCCAAUCUUUGACUGUAGAGGAGAUGCUGCGAGCAGGCGGCCCCGACUGGCAAAGGGUCCUGAGCUACGUGGAGAGCAUGUAUCGUCACUUUGAGAUGUGACAUAUGGAUGUAGUCAGUCCAGGCGCAAAGUAGGGACAACUACAGUAUACACUAUAAACAGUCCUAAGAUGAUGGUUCAGUUAGCGCUUGGACCACAGUUGAGCAAACGUUUACGAUGUGCAGCCUUUUGACCUUGAUGUGAAGCAAAUCCUUUCAACAACCAUAACAGAAAUGUGAGUGACUUCAUAGAGAAUGGCUUUUGUCAAAAUGAUUGUGUAGAAUACUGAAGUGGCAUAAUGGCAUAUAUUUAAUACUACGUAUACGCCGUUGUUCAUCCAAGCUGUUCCAGAACACUGGACGGAAUAUUUCCCCAUGUGUCUUAAAAGUACAGACUCUGUGACAAUGAUUUAUACCUCUAUUGGAGUAAUGACCACUAUUCUUGUGACAGAUACCUCUAUACUGUAUCUAUAGAUUUAGUAUAGUAUCUAUAGAGGAUACCUUUAUGUCCAAAAACUAUUCAUACGCUGGCCAAUUUUUUAUUUUCAUUUUAUGCUGAAUGAAUAUCUUUCCAUUCAACAUUAAUAACAAAAAACUGAACUCAAAAUUUGGGCGGGUGACAAAUAAUUUCAAGAGCAGUUCAUAUGCAUAAGGCCACAUUAUAUAGUAUAAUAUCCAUCCAUCCAUCCAUCUUCUAUGCCGCUUAUUCUCACUAGGGUCGCGGGCAUGCCGGAGCCUAUCCCAGCUGACUUCGGGCGAGAGGCGGGGUACACCCUGGACUGGGUGCCAGCCAAUUGGAGGGCAAUACAGUAUAAUUGAUAGCAUUUUCAUAAUAAUCAUUUUAGGAGCUCGUUGUGUUCUGUUCACGGCUCUACACCCAUUUAUUAUAUUUGCAGUUAAUUGUUUAAACUACUUACGCAGUAAUGUACUCUAAGAUCAAAUCCUGCAGAGCAACACUGUUUGUAAACUCUAAGGUUCUUGAAUCACACUUGUAGUAAAGCUCUUGAUGGGCCAUAAUGUAUUCGAAGUGAACACUAACAGUGUAGAUAAUUUAAAGUAUAUUAUACAUGUGUUGUAAAUGUCUCCACACUGGUACUGAACUCACACACCAAGUACUGUAUUUCAUCAGCUUUUACCGAACGUGCUUUUUUUUUUUGGUCUGCACGUGUGUGUUUUUAUCAUUUAACACAUGUAUAGUUUAGCAAUCUCCUAAUAUGCACUUAUCCCAGCACUUUGUCUGUUUAAGAAUGUAUUGUGAAUAUUGAAGAAUGGCUGUGGUCAUCCAUGCAUUUAUUCGGUUGCAAGAGCAGUGAAUUUAAGGAUCCAGGCCUGCCUGGCAGUGAUCACAAUGUGAAUGCGGCUUCAUUGAAAAUUGACGGUGUUAAAUACUCCAGGAGGCUGCACAGGCUUGCUCAUCCAUUACAUUAAUAGUGCCACAACAAAUGCCUUUCUUAGACAUGCUUCGAAUGGACUUUGUACUCUUGGUUAUACAGUAUGUACACGCCAAAUAUUUGACAAACAUUUCUUGUAAAACAUGUUAAUAUGUAACUAGUGUUAAUACCAAAGGAAUAAAAUGUUUAUCAAUAAUAAUAAUAAAGCUUGACUUGUUUCCAGUAUUUAAGAAAAAAGAGCAGCAUGAUAAGAAAAAAAAACUACACUCACUGGCCACAACUGUCAGCACAAUUAAACAGGCAUUUAAAGAAAUGGAUGUACCCACCGCUGUGGUCAAUGAAGUACAGUACGUGUGUUCAGACAGGUUUUACAUAACAGUUUAAGUCUCAUCUCACUGGGUGGACGGCGUAGAAUUGUUUUGAUGUUGCGUUAGCCUGCACUGUGCUACCACCUAGUGGUAAGACCGAGUAACCACAAAUUCAAACUGCUCAUGUACUUGUACUUUACUGUAUAUUACAGUUUUACCUUUUCUAUACAGAAAAUACACUAUCUCUUGGGCAAAAUCGAAGAAAAAAAACGUGUACUGCAUUUCUUUUAAAUCUCAAAGCAAUCUCGUCAAACCAAGAAAGACAAAGUCUUAAAACCAGUCGGGUCAAAUUUCAAGAUGAAGCUAAAAUGCACUUAAUUUGACAUGCACUUAACUUCUGAAUGCACAUGUCCAGUUGUUCAAUGUUGCAGUACUUUUUAAAUUCACAACAGGUGAGUGAUUCAUGAAUCCAUCCAUCCGUCUUCUAUGCCGCUUAUCCUCGCGGGGGUACGCUGAAACCCAUCCCAGCUGACUUCAGGCGAGGCGGGGUACACUGGUCGUCAGUCAAUCACAGGGCACAUAUCGGCAAACAACCAUUCACACUUCAGCAUCCUGUUCGUAGCAAUGGCAGGGUGCUGUUGAUUGUUACGUUGCGUCUUGGUCUCAUGACGUCAAAAUGUGAACCGCAUGAUGAAGAGGAUGUUUUACGUAGCAAUUCCAGUUGAACCAGAACAUUUAUUGGUUGAUUCAUGAGUCACACGUGAGAUCCAUGAAUCAACCUGUUGUGAAUGUUGCUGUUCAGUUCCUUGUUAGGGGAGAGCAAGUUGUGCAAAAAGAAACUUUGAGUUGGACAUAGGCAUUCAAAAGUUUAGUCCAAGUGUCAAGGGUGCGUUUUAGGUUCAUUUCUUCAACAUUUCACCCGAAAGACGUUCGGGUGAAAGUUUUUGUGAGUUGUAUACAUUUGAACGUAAAUUUUGAUCGUGUGGGGAUUAGAGAAAAUUAAACCUAAUUUCAAACAAGCCAAUUCUCUCUUUUUUUUUCUUUUUUAUAAUUGAAAAUGCUCAUUGUAUAAUCAUUCCACCCUGGGAAGAGAACAGUUCAAAUUAAUUAUUAAAAGCC